AUGGGUUGCUCUCAGGAGCUCAAUGAAUUCAAGUGUGGCACCGUGAUAGGUGGCCACCUGUGCAAUAAGGCGAUCCUUGAAAUUUCCUUGCUACUUAAUAUUCCACAAUCAACUCUUAGUGGUAUUAUAACAAAGUGGAAGCAACUGGGAACAACAGCAACUCAGCCUCAAACGAACAGUGUGCAGAAGUCGCCAACUGUCUGCAGGGUCAAUAGCUAAAGACCUCAAAACUUCGUGUGACCUUCAGAUUAGCACAACAACAGUGUGUAGAGAGCUUUGUG